AUAUUUUAAGGUCUGCAACUUCCGAGUCCACGGCGUUUCCCUAUCGUACUCAGAAGCUCCUACGUUUUCGCCGCCGCGUGAUUCGCCGGUAAAAAUUGCUAACGAAUUGAGAUCUUUCUGAGAGAGAUCGUGUUUUAUUGUUGUUAAUGGUGACGUCACGUAUGGCCACUAAUACGUUAAAAGAUUUGAAUUCUCUUCCUUUAACUGAGAAGAUGAGUGAAUGUAAAGCAAGCUUAGCCAAGCCUUGUGUUGGGAAGAUUAAUGGAAAGUCUGAAGAUAGACCAUUACCAAGCUCUGUUACUUUGCCUCCUAGCGUUGGAGAAUCAGAGAAGCCCGAGGCAGAGAAAGCUACCGUGGAAGUUGAAUACAUUGAGUCCGAGAACUUGGAUAACGUAGACGAUGCUAAUGCAGUUCUCAAGUCGGUUCUAGCUGGUCUGGACUCAAAGGAUUGGGUAUCUGUCUGUGAUGCUCUUAAUAACGUUCGUCGCCUUUCAAUAUUCCACAAGGAAGCAAUGGUUCAUAUGCUCGAGAAAGUGAUCCCACUCGUCGUGAAAUCACUGAAAAAUCCAAGAAGUGCGGUGUGUAAAACGGCGUGCAUGACGUCUGCAGACAUCUUCAGUGCAUACAACGACCAUAUAACAGAUCUGUUGGAUUCUCUGCUUACUCAACUCCUCCUCAAGUCGUCUCAAGAUAAAAGGUUUGUCUGCGAGGCAGCAGAGAAGGCUUUAACAUCGAUGACCAAAUACGUUUCCCCAACUUUGCUGUUACCAAAGCUGCAACCUUGUCUCAAGAACAGGAAUCCUCGGAUCCGUGCAAAAGCAUCAUCAUGCUUUUCCAGAAGUGUACCUCGACUGGGAGUUGAAGGUAUUAAAGAAUAUGGAAUCGACAAGUUAGUUCAAGCAGCCGCGUCUCAGCUUAGUGAUCAGCUCCCUGAAUCCCGCGAGGCUGCACGGAUCGUCUUACUAGAACUUCAGACCGUGUACGAAAAAGCUCAUCCUCUCAUCAAACCAGAGACAUCAUCAUCAUCAUCGCCAGAGGAAGAGCAAAUCUCAGAGGCAGAGCCAAUUACUUGGGAAAACUUCUGCCAGUCAAAGCUGUCCGCUCUAAGCGCACAAGCCGUUCUUCGUGUCACCAAUGUUUUGGCAAUGACUGCUAGGGAGGGGUUGGUUACUACAGGUUCAUCUUCUACAUCAUAGUUAUAAGCCUUCUCUAGUACAUUUUCAUUUUUUUUUUAAACGUUUGCUACGGAUCAUACGGUUACAUGGUAUUUUCCGGCCAUGAUCAACCAAAUUGGCAAAUUAUGGACCGGUAAAGAGAGUGAAAAUUGGUUAUUAAAAAUCUUUGUUAUUUUUCUGGUUGCGAGUCUUCAUCAGUGUUUUGCUUCUAUUUUUUUUUUUCUUUUUCUUAUGUGUAUAUAUUCAUACCAAUGUUUGGUAAGAUAGUCCGAGUAUUUUGUUUUAAUGCAAUUUGGUCGUACCCUUUAACGAUUCAA